AGUGAAGAAACAGUCUUUUACAUUGAUAUGCUCCUGUACCAUCUGCAGUUUCUCUGAUAUUAAAGGCCAUUGCUCAACCCAUACAGCCAUGACCACAGCCAUGAUCCCCUUGAAAAUGGAGAAGAUGCUGGUGGGGUGUUUGCUAAUGCUUGGGCAGUUAGUUCUCCUGCCAGCUGGAGCCAGAGAUCGUGCCCAAGCCAGAUUUCCCUCCAGAGGCCGCCAUGUCCGGAUGCAUCCCCAGACUGCACUGCUGGAGAGCUCCUGUGAGAAUAAGCGGGCGGAUCUGGUGUUCAUCAUUGACAGCUCCCGAAGUGUCAAUACCCAUGACUAUGCAGAGGUCAAGGAGUUCAUUCUGGAUAUCCUGCAGUUCUUGGAUAUUGGUCCUGAUGUUACCCGAGUCGGUCUGCUCCAGUAUGGCAGCACAGUCAAGAAUGAGUUCUCCCUGAAGACCUUUAAGAGGAAGUCUGAGGUGGAGAGGGCUGUCAAGAGGAUGAGGCAUCUGUCCACAGGCACCAUGACAGGGCUGGCCAUACAGUAUGCUCUCAACAUCGCUUUCUCAGAAGUAGAGGGGGCCCGGCCCUUGCGGGAGAAUGUGCCACGGAUCAUCAUGAUUGUGACUGAUGGGAGACCUCAGGACUCAGUGGCUGAGGUGGCAGCAAAGGCCCGGGACACAGGCAUCCUGAUCUUUGCUAUUGGUGUGGGUCAGGUGGACCUGAACACGCUAAAGGCCAUUGGGAGUGAGCCCCACAAGGACCAUGUCUUCCUGGUGGCCAAUUUCAGCCAGAUCGAGUCUUUGACCUCAGUGUUCCAGAACAAGUUGUGCACGGUCCACAUGUGCAGCAUCUCGGAACACAACUGUGCCCACUUCUGCAUCAACACACCUGGCUCAUACACCUGCAGGUGCAGGCAGGGGUACAUCCUUAGCGCGGAUCAGAAGACUUGCAGAACUACGCCUGUGCAUCACUGUCUGCUUGGUGCCUGUGGAGGCCAGAAGGGAGCACCAGAUCUUCUGGAACUGGAGUUACAGCUGUUUGUGAGCCACCGUGGGGAUGCCGGGAGUCGAACCUGGGUCCUCUGAUCAGCACUGGCUGUUCUUCAUCUCUGAGCCAU